CCCUUUAUACCCAAUAUUAUUGCGGGAAAUUCAAUAUUUAAACUAACAGCAUAGGAUUGAACAGAUCAAUAUUAAGAAAAGAAUUUAUCAGAUUAUUGAUUCAAUUGUUAACCAGGUAUGCCAGUGAAGCAGACAUUCCAGUUUAGAAUCAAGGUAGAAAAUUCCAAUUGAGAAUACAUGUAUGUGAAAAAACAUGGCAGCUAGAAAAAAAGAAGCUAUAAGUGAUGUGAAACAACGUCCAUCAUUGGGUACACCAACUGUCAUGUCAACACCCUCUCGUAGUGGUCUAUAUCACCUUAGAGAAAGGUUGGAGCGACAGAUAGAAAACAGCCAAGGAAAACUGGAUAAACAGAUCAGUCCAACACUAGAAAAACUUAAAAUGACCCCAGGUCGAGUGUUAAAAGAUAGGGAGUUGUUGGCUAGCAAACAUAGCAGUGUUCGACAGAAAGCAGACAAGUUAAAUGUUGGGGGAGGAGUGUGUUUAUGGCCGGGGAUGGAUGACAUGAGAUUAUCACGGCGAGAGAUUGUAGAAAUUCUCGUUGUAUCUGUUUUCUUAUUGGUAGCUGUCGUUAUAGCAUUUAAUAAACUUCAUGGAUCAACAAUUGAAGAAUUAUAUAAAUAUCACAAUGUGCUAAAAGAUUUCCAUGGCAACCAUUACAUAUCAGUGAGUCAGUCAUCUUUAGACAGUGGUUUACAAAGAUGGCACAAAGAAUAUAGAAAACUUAUUCAGCAGAUUCACUCGUCUUUUGACAUGAGUCGUGUUCCCCUGAUGUAUGUGAUGUAUAUGUUGGUAUAUUGUGGAGGGAUGGGAUUUCUGAUCUACUUUCUGGUAGACAAUAUGUUUGCUAAAAGUAAAUUGUCACCUAACAGAAUUAAACAAUGGGUCAGUAUAUUAGUUGUAAUCAGCACAUGGACUGGGGCCCUGUUUUAUUUUUUGAUGGCAGCCUACCUUGUAGAAUCAGCAAUAGAAAGUAAUGUAACCAGACUAGUAUAUGUUUUAGGUGAAGCAUUGGAACAUAAUGCAGAUGUGACAAAGUUAUCUAAUAUGAUUAGUUACUGGAAGACGAUAUCACAGACAGGGACACUGACAUUACUUGGACUGGUAACCAUCAGAGAUGUCAUGCACUAUAUACAAUAUUAUUUUAUACCCAUUAUGACAAUACUGAUAACACCCAUUGUCAAACUUGUAAUGUCAUUGUAUUCUGUUUAUACAUUUUCUAGUGAGCAGUAUAACAGACAGGCACACUGACACUGAAUUUUUUGGUGGCGGUUGGGGUAAAAUAAAGACAAAUCUAAUAUAGAAAUGUUCCAUCAGUUAUCAUCCUUUCAAUUUUAUAUUUAACAGUACAAGUUAAGAAUGAAAAUAAUCUUUAUUAUUAAAAUACAAAUAGCACCCUUUAUUACCCCUUCAAUUCAUCCUCUUUUAAGUUUCAUCAAUUGUGUCAUUUAUGAAUGAGACAAAUCCCAUGAUUUGUACCCGUAGAAGCAAUUCGAUGAGUGCCACAUGUGGAGCAGGCACUGCUUACCCAUCUCGACCUCCUGAAUUCAUAGAGGGACCAAGAUUUAUGAUUCCCAAUCGAGUUCUAUCAAGCUUGUAAUGUUCUGUUAUUGGUUGAUUUUCUUAUAGUUACAUUUGUUUAUGUUUUGGUCAUGUUGGAUUUGUUUGAAAUUUGAUUGGUAUCUGUGCAGCUUCAUUAAAUUUUGGAAUGUGAAUUCAUUAUAAUACGUUAUCAAUGAAUUUGACCUUGACAAUAGUUGUAUGAUGAGAUUUCUGUUUUGUUAUUGGUUUUUAUGGGUUCUUCCUUAUAAUUUGGUUUAUCUAUUUCUGUCUUGAUUUGAACUGAUUUUGACCAAUUUGAUCAUUUUAAUUUCUAUAUAUGUCCUAAAAUUGUGCAUUUUGAAAAUUCAAAGUUUAGCUAUCUUUAAGUGUAUAAAAACUGUUAUCGUCAUGGUGGUGUGGUAGAAUCUCUACUAAUUAACUAUUGUUUAAACAUGUUCGAAGUCAUUAUUGUUUUUAUAUGUAUAGAAAUAUAUAUGUUAAAAUUCUAUAGGUCCACU